AAAAAUACACGAAGUUUGUUUGCAGUUACCUUGAGGUUCAUAUCUAUCAGAUAUAGCAGUUUCGACGGUAUCGUUUCACCGAAAUAUUAUGUUUGACAAGCGAAACAUAGUAGAGAUGCAUAAUUUCAUAAUCAUUGGGGCUCUUCACUUUGUCUCUCAUAGAUCUCCCAAAGAAUAAGAGCGGCCUUUCUCCUUUAUCUACCUAUUGUCCUCAUCCUUGUUCUCCUCAACAUCAAAUCCUAACAAUGCAUCCCUAUCAUCAGCAUUAUCAUCAUCACAUCUAGUCCAAUCAUGGCCUGCCGUCACUUUAUUAUCCCCCCUCAUCUCCUUCGAGCUAUCGCCAACAGCGAGGCCAAUACAUACAAGAUCCGGCACGCUGCUCGUCGAACCCUCGCUGCCCGGGAUACAUACACCAAAGUCCGAGCUGAACGCAUGGUUGCUCUGGCCGUACCUCGCGGGUAUCAGCGCCAACAAAUAAUCCCACCUCAUAUCCUGCGAUCCUUGUCUCAGUCUAAAGAGUCUGAGGAGAACGUUCGUGAUCGUGCCAAGCGAGAUCUCCAACACGUCGAGGGUCUGAUGCAGCAGAAGCUAGGCUCGUUCGAGAGUUCAGGAACUGCUGAGCUUGCGAAGAAAUCUUCGCCUAAACGCUCCGUUUACGAUGCCAAUCAUACGACAGACGAGGCUGACCUUCCCGGCAAAUUAGUUCGCAAAGAGGGAGAGGACAACAUCCAGGAUGAGGCUGUUAAUGAGGCCUACGAAAAUGUUGGCAUUGUUUUAAACUUCUAUAACAAGCAUUUCAAUUGGCAUUCCAUCGACAACAAGAAAAUGGAUGUCGUCAGCAGCGUCCAUUUCGGCGAGGAAUACGAAAACGCUUUCUGGGAUCCAGAGAGACUGCAGAUGGUCUAUGGGGAUGGUGGUGAAUUUCUCAAUAAUUUCACCGGCUGCAUUGACGUUAUCGGACAUGAGCUUACUCAUGCUGUUACUGAACACACCAGCCCUCUAGACUACAGUGGCCAAUCUGGGGCUCUGAAUGAACACGUUUCUGACGUCUUCGGCAUUAUGAUCAAGCAAGAAGUUCAAAAUGAGAAGGCUCAUGAUGCUGACUGGCUUAUUGGUGAAGAUUGUAUCCUGCCUGGUGUGAAGGGAGUGGCUUUGCGAAGCAUGAAGGCCCCAGGCACUGCUUACAACGACCCUCGCUUUGGCACGGAUCCUCAACCAGAUAAUAUGAAGGACUAUGAAAUCACAAUCGACGACAACGGAGGCGUACACAUCUAUUCUGGGAUCCCGAACAAGGCAUUUUAUCUUGCGUCUGUAGCCUUUGGGGGUUACUCUUGGGAGAAGGCUGGAAAGAUCUGGUGGGAGACGAUGAGAUCGGGCAAAAUCGCGCCAAAGUGCCAAUUCAAGCAUUUUGCAGAUAUCACUGUCGAGAUUGCCGAAGAGUUGUUCGGCGAAGAAGCGGCUAAAAUAGUCCGCAAGGCUUGGACUGAUGUUGGAGUUACCAGGGGCAUUUAAGAGCGAGACCCUUAGUGGUGCAGUAUUGCCGCCUGCGCAUCACGCUUAACAGCUUGGAUCUGUGACUUAUCUUGACACCCAUUUUACUAAUAUUAUUAAGUAGUUAUUAGUAUAUAUUUAAGUAAUAUAGCUCUUUAAGC